ACUUAAGGUGCGGCUUAUUUGAAGCUAGUUCGUUGUAGGCUAGGUAGAGACGGCCUUUGACCUAGAAUUACUGAGUAAUUAUUCCAACCAAUCCAUUAAUGGAUUAGUUGGAACAUGCUUUUUAUUUGACAGUUGUAAUUACUUGGAAGAUAAUUGAACCGAGAGUUUAUGCUCACCUCAUCCAGAGUUUUACUCCAGGGGUAUUUCUUGUCAACUCGAUCUAGUUGCACACUAUAUUGUUAUUUGGGAUAUAUAUAUUUAUAACUGUUUAUCACUGCCCUGAAAAUAUCGAACUAUGUCAGCCAACAGUGUAGAACAAAGUUGUUGACUAAAUGGUGUCUUUUUUAUGCUCCUGAAGACUAUAUAGUCUUCAGGAGCAUAAAAGACAGAAAUAUAUUUCUGGAAAUGAUACAUUUUUACAAAUCCUAUGUAAUGACUUGAACGUCAUAACUCAAAUUGUUUCUGUUGCCUUGUAGUCUACGUAUAUUCGGGUUACUUUUUGGUUUCCGAAGCGUGGUCCUAAUCUGCAGGUGUCUUUUGGGUGUUACCAAACUGACCUUGAGAAACAGUAGUCAUUUAUUAGGGUCACAAUAGGGUUACGAAACAAUGUGGCGAAUUAAGAUGAGUGGUUAGGGCUUGACUCUAUCAGGUGUGAGUGUAGCCUCUUCAGUAUUCAGUUUCAAGUUCAGUGCUCGAUAAUUAUCUAUAUGUUUACUGGUCCCGGGGGUGCAUGUAACACUUGAAUUUCGUGCACACACUGGGAAGAGAAUGUUUAUAUAUGAAAUUAUGAUAGCUCGAUAAUGCCCUGUAUUGCCAUAAUAUUCGAGUAUAGCCGAAGGUAUGAAUUCUAUUUCACACCCACAUCACGGUGAUAAUGUCCAAACCUCAUUAGUAAACUUACAGAAUGCCUACAGAGAGUUUUGAGAACUUAAGAUAUUGGAGUCCAGCUUGUCUAACUUCACUGCGUCAUUAAGACAGGAAAGUGCAGUUUUACCGUCAGUGUGCUUUUAGUUGUCCGUUUUAUAUUGAUUUUGUACUUUAUUAUUCGUGUUCAUAUUUUUAUAUCACUUUUCCUGUUUAGUUUUCCCAUGAAAAUGUUCCUCUGGGUCAUUCUCUAGCGCCUUGCAUCAAGUACUCUUUAAGUUCUUAAGAAAAUAACAGAUAUCAAAAUGGUUAUUAAGUAGAUUCUUUGUACAGCACGUCUGGAUCUGAUUUACGUGUACAAUCCAAUUGAGGCAGUGGAGCUUUCUCAUACAGACCGAAUAAAAUAAUCAAUCUCGCUGUUCUGCAUGUGUAUCGUUUUAUGUAACAGCCCAAAUCGCUUAAUUUUCAUAGUUGUCAGUAUAGCGAAUGAGCAUCUUCACGUUAAUAUUUUUGUCAAAUUGCAGAUGGACUCUGUUUUCAACAAAUUAAAAACAAAAGUAUCAGGUGCCUUACCUGGCAAUCCGUUAACUCGAGAGUAUGAUAUUGAGAAGAAAAUUGGUCAAACUGGUCUAGGUUCAUUAUGGAAAUUGUAUUCAGCUAGGAAACGUUCUACUCAUCAAGAAGCCACUAUAUGGAUAAUGGAGAAAAAAUUGCUUGAGUCUUAUCCAAAGUUACAACGCGAAUCUAUGGUUGAAGUACUUAAAUACGGCGUGUCUACGUUGAUGAGGAUUAAGCAUCCAAAAAUAGUAUCAGUUCUUCAACCUCUAGAGGAAUCACGUGAAAGUCUUGCUUAUGCAACAGAACCAUUGUUUACUUCACUAAAUAGUGUAUUGGCAAGAGACUCAUCAAAGGUUGGACAGUCAGAUGAGUCUAUGGAUUUUUUUUUGUCAGAUACUGAAAUUAAGUAUGGUUUAGUGCAGCUUGCCGAGGCUUUGAAUUUUUUACACUGUGAUUGUCAUCGUUUACAUUUAAAUUUGACUCCCGAAUCAGUAGUAAUCAAUCGUUUUGGUAUCUGGAAGCUUGGUGGGUUUGAAUUUUCAAAAGUAGCGGACCAGAACGAAAAAUCAGAACAAUCUUUUGUUAAAAUACCUGUUUGGCAGUCUAAUUUAAUGCCUACUUGUCAAUUAAAUCUUAAUGCUAGUAGCCCUGAGGCGAUCCUUCAGGGUGAAGUGACUUCUGCAAGUGAUAUGUUUUCACUCGGUCUUUUAAUAUGUGCACUAUUCAAUCAUGGUAAAUCCAUUUUGGAUGUUGGAGAUGAUUAUCACGCUUACAAACGGACGGUUAAACAACUUCCAUCAUUAUUAUCCAGCAAAGGAUUAGAUUUACCAAAUAAUCUAAAAGAAUAUGUCAAAAUGAUGCUGUCAUCAGAUCCACAAAUUCGACCAGAUGCUGUACAAUUUUUAAGAACACCAUAUUUUGAAGACGCAUCAAUGUCAGUUCUACGAAGUGUGGAUAAUAUGUAUCAAUUGGAUAAUUUAUCUAGAUCACAAUUUUAUAAAUCUUUGCCAAAUUCUAUUCAUGCUUUGCCAAAACGUUUAUGUCUAUUUCGUGUUUUCCCGCAAAUCUCUGAAGAUUUUUCCAAUCCACAUAUGGUACCAUUCAUUCUACCAGCUGUUUUACAAAUUUUGGAUUUAGUUACACAAGACGAGUUUAUUCGAUAUAUGCUACCACGUCUUAUUCCUGUAAUGUCAAUGAAAGAACCUAUACAAAUUAUCUUAAUAUUUUUACAAAAUUUACACAUAUUAAGUGAAAAAUUCCCAAUCAAAGAGUUUCGUAAUUAUGUUCUACCAAUGUUACAGUUAGCUUUGGAUAUUGACAAUAAAAUGAUACAGGAAUUGUGUCUUAAAUCUUUACCAACUAUUGGGAAAGCAAUGGAUUUGACUGUAUUAAGAAAUUCUCUCAUUCCACGAAUACAACGUUUAUGUUUAUCCACAGAAUAUUUAUCUACACGUAUGAAUUGUCUUCUCUGCAUUGGAAAAUUACUAGAUCAUUUAGACAAAUGGAUUGUGAUGGACGAUAUUCUUCCAUUUCUACAACAAAUCAAAUCACGCGAACCGACUAUUUUAAUAGCUAUACUGGGUAUAUAUCGUUUAGCAUUUAGUCAUGAAAAAUUGGGCAUCAGUCGAGAAAAACUAGCUAAUAAAGUAUUGCCUUAUCUUAUCCCAUUAUCCAUUGAAAGCAGUUUAAAUUUAAAACAGUACAGCGCUUAUGCAUCAUUAAUACGAGAUAUGUGUUCAUAUUUGGAACGCGAACAAUAUGCUAAAUUAGAGCAAUUGCAUGGUGCUGCAACUGAUGAGAACAGCAUGAUAAGAAUUGGUAAUAUCGACGAAAGUGUUUGGGCGACAUCCAAUUCCUGUUCAGAUUUGAUGACUCGAAUAAUUUGCGCUUAUUUGGAUGAUGCUGAUCAAUACGUAAAACGUAGUUCUGUACCAACAAGUUUAACUGUAAAUUCAAAUAACAGUAACAAUACAUCGCCUACAUCAUCUGCAGGAACAACAUCUUCAAUUCAAGGAGUCAGUGGUUCAAUAAACAAUGAAAGUACUAAUCUAAGCUUAGAACAAAAACGUCAAUUAGCUGCUAAAAAAGAUCAAAUUGAACGUUUAUCAUCUAAUUUAACAUCAGUUCCAUCAUUACUACAACCAGCUACUGGUGUUGGACCAAUGAAGUUGACGACGACGACAAUAAAUAAACCAAAACCUGUUGAUAUAACAAAUACUUUAAUAUCAUAUAAUGUGAAUGCAAUCAAUAGCACAUCCGAUAUGAUGAAUAAAUCUACUACACAAUCAAAUCGUAUAGGUACAGGUAUACCUUUGGCUUUAAUCACACCACCAACUACUCAACACCAAUCAUAUGAAAAGAACGGUGUUUUCGAUAAUAAUAAUAAUAAUAAUAAUAACUCUCUGUAUUAUCAUUCGAAUAAUAAUGUUGAACAGUUACAAUCAACUAUUUUACCUAAAUCAAUUAUUCCACACAAUAGUAGUAAUAAUUUUAACUCAUUGAAUUCUAUACCAUUUUCUCCAACAAAUUCUAAUAUGAUGAGACCUGUUCAACAACAACAACCUAUUCCAAAUGCAAUGACAUAUCAAUUAUUUCCGACAACAUCAUCCAUUACAAUGCCAACACCAAUGUUUAAUCAAAAUGUAUCCAAUUCUAAUAAUCUAAUAAAACCAUUAUCUAAAUGUGAGAUAGAUGAUUUAUUAAGCUGACAAUGAAUUCAUUCUUUUUUUACAAACGAAUAGAACAAAAACACAAGGAAUAAUUAUUGGUCAUUCCUCUCAUAUAUGUACAUAUUAUCAUGUAACUUGAAACAUAUUCAUAGGUGUAGGUAUAUAAGCACACAUAUCUACGUUACGUCAAUACAGCUUUUUCUACUCAGCAUGUUACGUAUAGGUAGAUGAUAUGAGAAGCUUUUUUAUUACCAUCGUCUUUUCAAUUCUAUUGUGAUAUUCCUAUGACUGCCCAUGUCCUAUCUGUAUUUUUACUAAUUUGCUUACACCCAUUAUUUUUUUCUGUAUUUGGUUUGUGUAUAUGUCUGGCGUAUUAAUGUCUUUCAAAUGUUUUUUUUUGUUUUACCCCUCUUCUGUGAAAAAUAUAAUACUUGAUUUCUUCAAAUAAUUAUUUGCACAGUGUCCUAGUUUACUUAUUUUUAAAUUAUAUGUUACCUUGUUUUUCGAUUCAAAUUUGUUUUGGUCAAAUUUCUGUUAUCUUGUAGAGGUUAAUUCCUCUAUAUCUGACCGCCGCAAUAAACAGUAUCCCGUUAACUGAGUAAUUACGCAGGCC